AUGCAAAACCGCCAUCCCCACAAGCACCCCGCGACCGGACACGAAGCCGAUACUCGUACAUUCGAGCUAGGCAUGCCAGCGCCAGAGAUGAAGAGGUCGGAGGAGGCGACAAGGAGGUACUUGGCCGAUACACGCAGAGAUGAGGUGGCGAAGAUGGUCAUCUGCGAAGGUAUACAGCGCGAGGUCGUAGCUCUCGACAGCAAGGCCAAGUACUGGGGAGAGCGCGCCGCCCACUACCAGGCCUGGGGAGAUCGGCGAAGACAGAGGCUUCAUGCUCGUACUGCCUUAAAUCUUCAAGAAGUUUUCGACAAGAGCGCCGCGGACCGCGACGAGAUUCUCGAACUCGAGAUCAACAUUCUCCUAUGUUUGACCCGCCUCCGCAAGCUAAUUCAACGAAAGCUCCGCAUGGCGCCAACGCGGGUCGACUACCUCUACAACGGCAACACCUCAGAUCGGGGCGAGCGCUUCGUACUCCUCGACCCGGAGGUGGACUCCGCUACAAGUGUCCAGAACUACAUGGACACUCGCAUGGCCGGAUCAUCGUUGUUCGCGAACGAGCUGUAG